UGUGACUUUAAAAGCUGUGAGCUGUUGUGUGUCAACAUGUUUUCACUGUUUCAGUCUUUCGCCAUGAGGAAACAUUAUUUCAACAACACAGAGACCGGCUUCUUCAAGAAGGUCAAGAGGAAGGUCGUCCCUAAGAACCCCAUGACAGACAGCAGCAUGUUGACAGACAUGAUGAAGGGAAACCUGACCAACGUCCUGCCCAUGAUUGUGAUUGGUGGAUGGAUCAACUGGGCCUUCUCUGGAUUCGUCAUAACCAAGGUGCCGUUCCCUCUGACUCUGAGGUUCAAACCCAUGUUGCAGAGAGGAAUCGACCUGCUGUCUCUGGACGCCUCCUGGGUGAGUUCAGCGUCCUGGUACUUCCUGAAUGUGUUUGGACUGAGGAGCAUGUACAGCCUCAUACUGGGACAGGACAACGCUGCUGACCAGUCACGGAUCAUGCAGGACCAGAUGACGGGCGCUGCCAUGGCGAUGCCCCCUGACCCCAACAAGGCUUUUAAGAGCGAGUGGGAGGCGCUGGAGAUCGUGGAACACAAGUGGGCGCUGGAGAACGUGGAGGAGGAGCUGAUGUCCAGAGACCUGAACUUUGGAAACUUCUUCAGCCAGGACAUCAAGUCCACCAUGUUCUAGAUCGACGAGGACCUGCGAGCUCUGGAGCGUCUGUGAAGUGUUCCAGGAUCCUCUGAGGCGUGGAGCAGAUCAGUUCGAGGGUUCCCAGAUGUUCCAGAUCACCAGGUUGUUUCAGUAAACCAGCAGAUUCUGCACCAGGUCUGAUCAGACGAAGCCUCUCAGGAAGGUGUUUUUCUCUGGGUGUGACGCAGAAAUCUGGAGCUGCGUUUAAAGACGACUGGGACAUUUUUAUGGAGGUUUAAAUGGCAGCAGGCGUGUUGUUGUUCUCACCCUGCAGGACGGACACUUUGCAUGUACUUUUCUACACUGUGGUCAUCCAGCUGAGGCUGUAAUCCAGAGCGACUUGAAGUGAGUGCCAACAGUUUAAUAAAGGUGCCAUCACAACUAA